UUGUACAAGUAUCCUGCAAGGAGCAGCUGUACUUAAUCCUGUGUGAUUUGAAGUUCUUCAGCUUUUAGGGUGUUGUAAAGGUGAUGGCAAAAGAUCUUAUAAGGACAAAGCAUUGUUUUUACAAGCUUAAGUCCCAACUUCAAGGCAUCUCCCUCAGAAUUCAGAUACAGCUUCUAUAUGCUCCUCCUUCCACUGUGGCUGCUCCAGUGUCAAAGAAUAAGGUUGCCCAAGCUGAGGCAACUGGAAAUGAUGACCGUGGGAUAGACAGUUCAGGCAAGGUUAGACAAUUUGAGGAAGAUGUAUUGGUGUACAAUGAACCGGGAACUUUUUUAUGGCUUGCGACAUUUUGA